AUGGAAGAUACCUCGAAAACAGAAUCCUUCAUUAUGGAUUGUGCGCAAGCUGAAAUAGCAGCCGUCAAGUUAACGCACAGACAAGCGCACAUUGUUUUGUGUUCUUUCCAUGUUUGCCGAGCUUUCUGUCGGAAAACAAGAAAUCCCAUUGUGAAGAAUUAUUUAUGCCGUCUAGUGCAGUGUAAAAGGAGAUCAGAAUUUAAUUUCUACUUCAGAGUUAUUAGCAGAUUGGACGCUAAUGUCAGUCAAUACCUACAACGUCGUUGGAUGCAUCGACGAGAAUUGUGGGCGGCCUGUUUCAGAGAUAACGUGCUGACUUUUGGGAACGAUACAAAUAAUCGUGUCGAGAGUUCCCACAAGCAGAUGAAACGGUUUUUGCAAAGAUCUGAUAGUCUGCAUAAAAGUAUGCUAAAGGUGUAUAAAUGGCAUAAACGAAGUUUUUCAAUAAUACAGCAGGAGGCGAAUAUUGCUCAAUCACGAUGCUUCACGUAUCCCUGUUCACAAAGUUUAAUCCCAAUUAUACGGUUGCUUACACCAUACGCCGCGAGGAAGGUAAUACGUGAAUACCAAUUGCGACGAUGGGCUACUGUUGAGUUCGAAUCCGUUGAUUAUGUAUUUUUCAAAGAAAAUGGGAAAACAGUGCAGGUUGAUCUGAGUGCUUGCACCUGCACGUGCUUUACAUUUCAGACCUGUCGGUACCCCUGCCGACACUUGCUUUUGGUCCACUUAAGAAAGCCGUAUUUCACAGGUAUAUUAUGA